UAUACCAUCUGUAAAAAACUGGCAUAUUUUAAACCUGACACGCUUACAAAUUGGGACUAUUUUAUCAAUAAUGAUCCUAUUUUCUUUUCAGACUUCAAGAAAGACUGGUCAGACCACGCCCUCUGGUGGCCCACGCGCAACAAAUGGCUCGCCAGGCCCAAGCACACGCUGGACCAGUAUGGCGUCCACGCAGACGCCGCCCUCCACUUCACACCCAUGCACAAACCUUUGAGGAUCCAGCUGCCGGACUUACGAUACAUAGACUGCAAGAUUGACUUCUCGAUUGACACAUUCAGCGCUGUGGUGCAGCUUUGCAAGAGUCUCGGUAUAAGGCAUCCAGAAGAGUUAUCGCUAUGCUACCCCCUAGAACCGUCACACCUGAAGCAGAACUACCAAAAUCUCAAAGAGGCGAAGAGGCUGAAGUCCUCACAGCCUGACACGAACACAUUCAUCGCGGCGACCAGAGGCUCCUCGAACAGUUUGGACAGGUCUAACGGUUGUCCUGCCACUCCACCACCGCCGAGGUCUUUGUCGGCUACACCUGUGGCUUCACAACAGAACGGCACACUCCGCCGCUACGGAGGUCACAUCUACAGCACACAAAGCGACGGCUCCAGCGAUGGGGGGUACUGCGGGACUCCGCCCCGGGCGGCUUCCUUAGACGCCCUGGACUCACUAGCGGACCUGUCUCUAGCAGACUCUCCCCUGGAACCAGAUAGUCAGUCGCGAGAGUCGCUGCUCACGCCUAAGUCCUUGAUGGAGAGGGCUAGGAUGAAUGUUGGCUGGCUAGAUUCCUCGCUGUCCAUAAUGGAGCAAUACGUCCGCGAGUGGGACACCUUACAGCUCCGUUUCAAGUUCUACUCGUUCUUCGAUCUGACGCCGCGGGUCCAAGACGCGUCUCGCCUCAACCAGUUGUACCAGCAGGCUCGCUGGCAGAUCCUCAACCAGGAGGUGCAUUGUACUGAGGAGGAGAUGCUGCUGUUCGCUGCUUUACAGCUGCAAAUCGAGCUGCAAACACUAGCGGGUGGCAGCGUAGACGCAGCCGACGGCUCCCACACAACACCCGGCGCCGGAGUCGCGCCCGAAGACGAAAUUGACGCGGCGCUUAGCGAGUUGCAGGCCCAACUUGAGGGCGGUCCGCCGGCAAGGCAGGACAUCACGCACGUGCCUGAGCUGGCUGGAUAUUUGAAGUACUUGAGGCCAAAACGCUUCACCCUGAAAGCGUACAAGCGUGGUUGGGUGUCGUGUCGUGACGGCGUGCUGCGCAUACAUUCGUCGCGCGACGCGGCGGCUAAAGGCGACUCGCCGUCGUACGCGGUUGAGCUGAGGGGUGCUGAGAUCACCCCAGACGCACACCCGGCGUCCGGUCGCUACAGCAUAAAACUUGAAGUCCCAGCUGACGACGCCAUGCACGAAAUGUGGCUCAAAUGUGAAAACGAGGACCAAUACGCAGAGUGGGUAGCCGCCUGCAGACUCGGUUCCCGAGGUCGUUCACUCGCCGACUCGUCCUUUGUGACCGAAGCCGCCGCCGUCAGAACUUUAUUAGCUCUACAACGGCCACAACCAGGCGCGGCGUUGCACCAACAGAAUGUGCCACAUUUGGACCACUUGCAGCCUGAGAACUUCCUCGCGCCACGGUUCCUCAAGAAGCUGAAGGGAAAGUUCACCCAACGCCUGCUCGAAAGCCACGCGAACGUCAAAGACCUGCCUCUCUUAGAAGCAAAACUGCAGUACAUCAAGACCUGGCAGAACCUCCCAGACUACGGCCAGACGUUGUUCGUGGUCCGCUUCAUGGGACACCGCAAGGAUGAGAUCAUCAGCAUCGCCAAUAACAGAAUUAUGAGGCUGGAUCCUAACACUGGAGACCAUAUUAAGACCUGGCGGUUUAGUACCAUGAAGGCAUGGAACGUGAAUUGGGAGAUCAAACACAUGAUGGUCCAGUUUGAAGAAGGCAACAUCAUAUUCUCGGUCCAAUCAGCGGACUGCAAAGUGGUCCACGAGUUUAUUGGAGGUUACAUCUUCUUGUCUAUGCGAUCCAAGGACGCCAACCAAACGUUGGAUCAAGAGUCAUUCCACAAACUCACUGGCGGUUGGACGUAAGAAAUUGAUUGUGGCUGCAAGGAAUCGGCGAAGUACAAUAUUGACUUGAGAUUGGCUAUCUCGAAGUUGGGAGAAAACUAAAAUACUGUGAGCCAAAACGGUGAAUAUACUAGACACGUUUCUAUUGAGAAUUUUCUUGUACACAGACCUUUUAAUCUCACUGACUAAAAUUCCUAUUUUCACGUGAAAUAAAUGUGUGUAUUUGUGUGAGAUCGCAAAGAUGUUUGUUUGUCUUUUUUAUACAAAUACAUACGAAGAAUUGUAACAAUAAAAUUUAAAUGACGAGGCUUAUGAUAUGUGCCUUGCACACGUUUAUAAUCUCUAAUAAAUUAAAUUGAAUAAACAAUGACGUAACAAAGAUAAAGUAACGCGUAUUUUUGUACCAAGAAACUUAUGGAUAAAUUCAUUUACUGACUUCAUUUACUUAGAUUUUAAUGUAGCGCUUCCAUAUUUAUGUAUUUAGCAAACUUAAAUAUGCCAAAUAUCACUGAUGCAGAUUUUAUUUCGUACAUAUUUUUACAUCACUAUUUGAUAAAGCAAAAUUAGAAAAAUAAAUACCUAUGUUUUCAUUAUAGUAAUAUAGAUAAGAAUUAAGUUAUAAUGAUUAUUGUUAAUUAAUUUAAUUUUAUGUAUAACAAAUAUAUAUUUCAAACAUAGUGCCAUUGAGUAACGAUAUAAUUAUUGCACAUGUGUUUUGGUGCUUUUAUGAAAUAUAUAAAUUUCUAGAGUAUAAGGAAUGCGAGUGGCCUUAACUUUUAUGAAGAUUAUUGUCAGAUUUUAAUUUUGAUAUUUUGUAAAUAAAUUAUUUUAUUUCACAAAUGCUAUGCAUGUUAGGAUUAUUACAGAGUUAACAAACGACUAUAAUUCAUUUCGCUUCUAAAAUUAUGUUUAUUUUAACGUAGUUUCAAAGAUUUAAUUUUAUUUUGGUGGACCCUAGUCUCAUUGAGAUCGCGCAUAUAAUGCUGUCACGGUAAAUGUAGAAAAUACGAGUAUUAACAAAUUUGCCUUAUUUUACUGUAGGUCUAUUGUACAAAUUGUAUGUACACAUAAUAAAUUUAGUGUCUGUUUGUAAAUGAAUGUCAGAAUAAAUGUAAAUGAAUAACAAA